AUGGCCAGAAACAAGAAUAUCCCACGGGGCGGGCGACUACAAUGGUGUGCUCAGCUUUAUCAAGACCAUGCAAGCCAGCCUGCAACUCUGUUAGUCCACAGAACAACCACGCCGGAACCCGAGGCGAUACAUCCAGCCUUCGCAAUUCAGGUCUAUACUACUGUUGCCCUCGAGCAAGAGAAUGAUCUCAUCGCUAUAUGCCGAUACUUAUCCCGUGAGAUAUCCACGUCACCCGGACCGUCAUUUGAGAUCUAUUGUACCCCACAAACCGAUGUAUUCGCCUGCGUGGAGCAUCAGCGGCGUGAGAUAUUCCAUCGCAAGGCCAUCUCACCAUCUCGAGAUGAUGGUCUCUUCCCUGGGAUCGCCAAGGUCGCCCUCAGCAGAGAGGAUCCGCAACUUCAGGGAGUUAUAUUUGUUAUUAUGUCCUACAGUUUCCGCGACUAUCCGUUUUAUCCGGACGAUGAAGCCGAAACCGGACCUUUGUUCGUCAAAUUCGACCGCUGUUUUCCGUACCAGGCUCGCGUUGACCUGCCUUCACCCAAGCCUGAUGACGACGAGGGAUGGGAGGAGGAAGUUUGGCCCGAACGGGAGGAGCUUGUGGUCCGCAAGUGCCGAAAUAUCUACCAUGUCCGUCGAGAGUUGGCCUCCCUUCACAUUCGAAGUCAACGUGAUGAUGUUGUUGAGGAUUAUGUGUACGAUUACGGCCUGGGAGAGGAUGAGGGCGACCCUAAUAGGUCGGUUGAACCACCUAGGCCGGAGAUUAUAGAGGCGUGGCAGCGCAGAGCUGACUCACUGCCUAAUGAAAUUGCCGUUGCCCAGCCAUCCUCCGACAAAGCGGCUAUUGUCCUGACAUCAGCCACUGUGCCUAUCCUGGAACCAGACCUCAGGUAUAUCAUAUACGUCACAUUUUCUCACAGCAACGAGAAUCCCUUGACGUUGGAGAUGAUUGGGCGCGCUUUCACCGCCGCGAUCCUGGAAAGCCUCCCCCAAAGAAAGACAGUAUACUUUGAAUUUCGUUCCGCCCCCAACCAGUCACUAGGCGCAACUCUGUCGUCACAUCGAGGGUUAAUGAAUUCGAGACCCGAGGUGGGAGUGGCCGUUUCCCAGCCCGCUUUAGGACAAAGUGCCCGCAAGUUCCCACAAGUGGGGUACAACCGCGAAAACCCCAGGGACAGGGAACCCUACCAGACUUUUUUUGUGGUCCUCGACCGCCCGGACUUUCUCACUGGGCCAGGGGUGUUGUUUUUCUUGACCGAUGGUGAUGAGAUUACCGAUGAGGCGAUGCAAACCGUCUACAAACUAUAUAUGGAACGGGAGCAACCUUGCGAUUAUGACAUAUUUCGGGUUUGGCGCAGCGUGGGAAUCCACGAGGCGGCACUAAGGCUCGCAAUGAUUUAUUGA